AUGGACUGCACACCCAGCUCUCAAACUCCCCUAGACGACCUUGAGAGAGCAUUCUCCAAGUCCGUGGAGGAUGGGACUUGGCCUGGUGUGGUCGUAGCCGCAACAAACAAAAGUGGGAGUUUCCACUACGCCAACGCUUUCGGGAAGGACCAUUGUACCUCCGAGGGGAGGCGACUCGACGUGAGCUCCAUCAUGGCGAUCGCAUCUAUGAGCAAACUCAUGACCACUAUCGCUGUUCUUCAGCUAGUUGAGAAAAGGCUUGUCGAUCUCGAAACAGAUGUGUCACCCUUGAUACCAACAUUGGCAUCUCAAGAGGUAUUGUAUGAUUGGGACGCGGCAGGUCGACCGCUCACCCACGUGCGAAAGAACACAAUCACCCUGCGAAGCCUGCUCACUCACAGUAGUGGAGCAGGUUACGAUAUGAGCAACCCCGAGCUUGCGCGCUUCGCGGCUUAUAAAGGACGAAAUAUCAAUUCUGGCGCUACGGUUGACGAGCGAUUUGGCUACCCACUGGUCUUCGAACCGGACACCGCAUGGGAGUAUGGCACAGGGAUUGACUGGGUUGGACAAGUCGUUGAACGCUUGACAGGACAAACCUUGGAAACCUAUAUGCAAAGACAUGUUUGGAACCCCCUUGGUAUUGAGAGGAUGACAUUCUGGCCUGCCAGCAUUCCCGGGGGGAAUGGCGGGUCAAAAUGUCGGUUCGAGACGCGGCUUCGGGAUGGUUUACUGCGCUGA